AUGUCAGGGCAGGUCAAAGACUUCAUUGCAAGCUCCAAAUUUGACGUCCUAGUACCUCAAGCUACUGAGCUCGAUUUCGAAGAGCUUUUUGUAAAUGACGAAGGCCGAGAUGGAGCCAUCUCAAUAUCGUCCAUAGAGCGGAGGUCUUUUCUGUACUUUGGUACGUGA